AUGUCUCUAAGUCGUACGGCCUCGGCCGCACUGCCUUUCGUGAUAGGGAUUCUGGCAGGCGCUGCGCUGUUGACAAUUCAGCAGAUCAUGACGGGAGGGAACAUUUCGUUCCCCAACGUCUCUUCGUCUCUCUUUGCUUAUAUGAAUUCAGCCAACCAAUCCGUCUCGCAACACGUGGGCAAUCCUGAUUGGCUGGCCUCUUCUGCUUCGAUCGGCGCUGCUACUGACGAGAUUCGUUACAACACGGACGCAGAACCUGUAGAAAGCAAGCUCAACGUGCAUCUGGUAGCACAUUCGCAUGAUGACUUGGGAUGGACGAGCACCAUUGACAAGUACUACGUUUCAUCAGUACAGUACAUUAUCGAGACUGUCAUCGACCAACUCGAGGCAAACCCUGACCGCAAAUUCAUCCAGGUGGAGCAGCGCAGCAACGGAGGGUGGGUGAUGCACGACGAGGCCACCACACACUACACCGACAUGGUCCACCAGAUGUCUCUGGGGCUGCGCUUCCUCCGCUCCGAGUUCAACGUCACGCCGCGCGUUGCAUGGCAAAUUGACCCGUUCGGCCACUCGGCAACCCAAGCCAGUCUCAUCACUGCACAGGCUGGGUUUGAUGGGAUAUUUUUCUCGCGGGCAGACUACCAAGACGUGGCCAAUCGGCAACAAGAAAAGAAGGAAGAGUUUGUGUGGCGUGCGUCUAAAACAUUUGGGAAAUCGGCCCAGGCGAAGGUGACACGGUCGAACCACGUGAUGUUCACCAUGGGGAAGGACUUUGCCUACUCCAACGCCAUCAUGUGGUUCAAGAACAUGGACAAGCUCAUUCACUACGUCAACCUGGACGGUCGGGUCAACGCCCUCUACUCCACGCCUUCAAUCUAUCUGGACGCCAAGCAGCAAGCUGAGGAGACCUGGCCGGUCAAGACUGGCGACUUCUUCCCCUACGCUGACGCACCGCACGCCUACUGGACCGGCUUCUACUCCUCCCGCCCAGCCUUCAAGCGCUACGUGCGCUCCUGCAGCACACUGCUGCUGGCAGCAAGCAUUCUCGAAGCAGCAGUGGGGCGAGAGUCCCUGCAAGCAUGGGGAGGCGACACUGACGGGAUGAACCUUGUGGGCUCUGGCGCUGGCCGAAUGAUGGUCAUGAGUUUCCAUCCCUCGGAGGCGCCUAGUGUGGCAACUGGAGAGGGUGGGAGUGGCGGCGGUGACAGCAAUGCUGGUGCAGGAUACGGGUCUGCUGCUGCUACUGGUGCCGGUGGUGGUGGUGGUGGGGAUAGUAAUGGUGGUGUUACUGGUGCUGGGAGUCGGGAGGCUCAGGCCGCGUCGACAGCAUUGCUGGGGGAGGCAGUGGCAGUAGUACAGCACCACGAUGCCAUCACAGGCACGGCCCAGCAGCACGUGAAUGACGACUACACACUCCGCCUGCACCGAGCAGCACAGGAGGCCUCCACUGUUCUCACCAGCGCUCUGGCAUACCUCAUUCUGCACCCGCCGCCUCCUCUUCCUCCCUCGCCUCCCACCGGCACCAACUCCUCUGCACCAGGUCCCAACCGUGCGGCGCCUGCUGCCACUCCCGCCAAUAGACCUGCUGCAGCUGGCACCGGUGCUGCUGCCACCGCCGCAGCCGCCGCCGCCGCUGCCACUGCUCCUAGUGUCACUCCCCAGGAACCUGCCACUGCUGGUGCGGAUACUGCUGCUGGUGGUGACGAGCCUGCUGCCCCAGAUGCGGCUGUGCCUGCAAACACCAGCGCAACACCACAUCGAGCUCCUCUUGAAACACAGGGCUCAUUGCAGGAGGAAGGUAUCAACAGGGGGAGGCGGCUGCAGGAGAAGCCGAAGCUGCUGCUCGAGACGUGCCCUCUGCUGAACAUCUCCUUCUGCCCUCCAUCGCAGUCUGGUCUUGCACCCGGCAAGAUGCUGGUAGUUGUAGCCUUCAAUUCUCUUGCCUGGGCCCGCACUGAAGUCAUCCGCAUUCCAGUCUCCGCUCCCUCGGUCAUUGUCACAGACUCAACACACCAGCCCAUCCCAUCACAGCUCAUCCCAGAGCUCCUCCCUCGUCCAGUCAUCCGCGCGUUCUACGCAGCAGCACAUGCAGGCGCCAGUGUGCCUCCAGUGGAGCAGCAGCAGGGGGUGAUGUCAGUGGUGUUCCGUGCUGAGGUGCCUCCUUUGGGCUACUCCACAUUCUUCCUCACUGCAGCCCAGCCAGGAGCUGUGGGGGCAGCAGUGAGCAGCAGUGACUGGAUCUUGGGACCAAAGAAGCAGAGGGGACGGAACACGAGGAGCAAGAAGGGGAAGAAGAAAAAGAAGAAGGCAAAGAAGGAUGACUAUGAGGAGGGAGCGGAAGGAGGGGAGGGAGGGGAGGAAGGGGAGGCAGAAGAGGAAGGGUAUGAGGAGGGGCAGGAGGAAGGGGUUGAGGCAAAAGGGGAGGAGGGCUAUGCUGGAGGGGAGGAAGGAGGGGAGGCGGGGGAGGGAGAGGAGGAGGAGGAGGAGGUGGGUGAUGGUGUGGGUCAGGAGGAUGAGAUAGUUCUUGGGGGGGUGGUGGCUGGUCGGCCGGCAGCGCGUGUCUAUUUCUCCAAGGCUGCUCGUGGAAUGACACGUGCUGAGCUCAUCAAGCCGAAUGGCAAGGCCUUUGCCACGCUAGCAGCAGCCAACAUCAGCAGCGAAAUGCUCUUUUACUCAUCUGCAGAGUCAGGAGCAUACAUCUUCAAGCCCACAGCAGACGGUGCGCUGCCGUUCCGCAGGAAGCAGAGGGUGCCGAUCCGCGUGCUGCGAGGGCCCAUCGUGGAGGAGUUUCACCGCCAGGUGGCGCGUGACGUGUCCGAGGUGUAUCGAGUUUACCCGGGGGAGAAUUACGCCGAGCUUGGCUACUCCAUAGGCCCCCUCGUUGAGGAUGGGUCCCUGGGGAAAGAGGUCGUUGCCUCUUUCUCCUCUUCCAUUCAGAGCGGCGAUAUCUUUCACACGGACUCCAACGGCCGUGACUACCUCAAACGAGUUCGUGACUCUCGCCCUGACUGGACCCUCACAGUCAAGGAGCCCAUAGCAGGGAACUUCUACCCCGUGAGUAACUCACUUACACAAAUGCUCAGAAGCACAUCAGAAGUCCUUAUUGCUUCCUCACUCUCCCCCCUCUCCCACCCCUCACUCCCACCCCUCACUCCCGCCCCUCUCUCACCCUCAUUCCCACCCCUCUCCCAUCCAUCACCCCCAUCCCUCCCGCAGGUGACGGUGGGCGCGUUCAUCGGGGAUGGCGAGGCACAGCUGUCGCUGCUGGUGGACCGAGCAGCCGGUGCUGCCAGCCUGGCAGCCGGACAGCUCGAAGUCAUGCUGCAUCGGUGA